AUGUUAUAUUUGCAGAAUAUAACAGAGGCCAUAGUGGUCCCGGAUAACGACCAAGCUUCAAAUGGAAAUAGGACGACGGAAGACAAAUCUCAAGAGAAUGUUACAGAAUCGGCAACAUUGGCCCAAAAACAGGACCAACUCAAAUCCAUAAUUCUUAAUGCAACCUUGUGCAAUGAUAAUAACACAACUGGUCAAUGCAUGAAUAAUACAAUCCAAGUAACGCCCAACUCGACAGACAGUGUAAAAGACUCAAAUGAUACCACACAUAAAGAUUCUGUAAUGCAAUAUGUAAGUGGUAAAAAUGAUGAUGUACCUGAAAAAAUAAGUGGACACAUCAGGAAUAGUCUUAAAAGAAAGAAGCGCUCUUUAAAUGUUGCAUUAGAUAACAUAAGAAGUAAUAGUGCCCCAGAAAUACUUCACUACGAAACCAGACAUGGCCCUAGAGAGAGAGAACCGAUUUUACCCGUGCAUAAACUGACGCAUAAUAAAAUACAAAGUGCAGAUUUGGCAGAUUUUAAUAUUGAAACUUUACAUGGACCUUCCGGAAAUCUAGACGUAAAUAAACAAGAAGCCUGGAAUAAUAAUAACCAACUAUUGCAAAAAAAUCCACCACAAAGAGAUGAGAGUGAUAAUAGCAGAGAAAAGGGUGACAGUUCAGAAGAAAGCAAGCCUUACAUUAGUGAAAGAGAUAAUGACAAUUCAGGAGAAAGGAAACCUUACAUCCAAGAAAGAAAUAUUAAUUCGGGUGAAACAAAAUCUGAUGUCAAUGAUGCCAGUGACGAGUCUGUUGAAACAAACAAUGAUGAAGGAAGGCAGAGAACACAUGAUGCACCUGAUAAUAGUAAUGAAAGCUUAGAAAGUGAAGAUCUGAAAUUGCUUUCAAAAGAUGUCGACAGUAAAGAAAAUGUAGAAAGCAAUGAAAGUGUUGAGGAUAGUAACCGCAACUCAAAUCAUCUUGCGGCGCAUGCUAGAAAUAUUGACAGUGAUGAAGUAAAUGACACUUCGAAUGAACAAGAUUCUCCUCUCGAAAAGAACUCUAAAAUUAAUAGAAACGACGAGGACGAAUCGGAUGAAGAAAAUGAAAAACCUAAAGAGGAACUCAAGCAACUCACAUUCGACGCCUCUGAUAAGUCUGUUCCUAAAGACAUUCAGGAUGUGGAUUUAGGUGAUUUUAGUUACGAGCGAAUACAGGUCGGUAAAGACGGUAAAGUUGAAUUAGCAAAAGAUAUAUAUGGUAAGGACGACAAUGACUCAGAAGAAGAAAAGCCAGUGAAUGAUAAAAUUAUAAUAAAAGACACGGAAAAUCCUCGAUCUGAAUAUAUUGAGAAAGUUAACAAUGAUGAGAUCAAACCUGUUGUAGAGUUGAAUACUGAAAGUCACAGUAACGAAUAUAGUGACGAAAAUGUAGAUAGUGAUGGCCAACAACGACAAAACGCAGAAAUAAAUUCAGAAAAUUCGAGCGUUGAGGAUGCAUCUGAUGAAAAACAAAAUAACAAUGAAGAACGAAGUGAGAAAAAAGUUGCACAAAACGAUGAACAGCAAAAUGGUAACGUAAAGCAACAAUUCGAGCGCAUACCUUUGAAUUACAAGCAUGACAAGAAGACUGAAAACAAAAAUAAAGAAAAUGAAGAACCAAUAGAUGUUUCUGAAAAUGAGAAAGAUGGAACAUUAGAUACUUUAUUGCCAAAAGAUAAACGUUAUGAUGAAAAACUUAAUUUUAAAUUCGACGAUGUGAGCAUAAAUGAUGAACAUAGUGACGAAUAUCCCAAAGAAAUACCUUACCCUAAGUUUGAUGACGAUAGAGGUUAUUACAAAUAUGACGAACCAUAUGAGAAAAAGCAAGACUACAAGAAGAAAUCUGCAGACGACGACGACGAUGAUGAUGAAGGCGUGGAUCUGUACGAAAAAUUUGUGCGUGAAAGAUUUGGGAAACGUGGUUCAUUUGAAAAGAGAUCAGAGGCACUCAGAAAUGAAGUGUUCAGGCCAUCAGACCCAAAGUUAAGUGAGACAAUUCAACACAUUCUCAAAAAGUCAGCAGCUAAUCUAAAACAAGCCGAAAAGAGUGGAGACCCAAAGGCUGGUUACAUGUGGACCUUAGAGUACGGUCAGAAUUUAUAA